CCACCAUGUCCGACCCCGCGGUCAACGCGCAGCUGGACGGGAUCAUUUCGGACUUCGAAGCCUUGAAAAGAUCUUUUGAGGUCGAGGAGGCCGAGACGCCCAACUCCACCCCGCACCGGAGGGUCCAGACCCCUGUGCUCCGGGCCACUGUGGCUAGCUCCACCCAGAAGUUCCAGGACCUGGGCGUGAAGAACUCCGAGCCCGCAGCUCGCCAUGUAGACUCCCUCAGCCAGCGAUCCCCCAAGGCUGCCCUGCGGAGGGUCGAGCUCUCGGGUCCCAAGGCCGAGCCCGUGUCCCGGCGCACGGAGAUCUCCAUCGACAUCUCGUCCAAGCAGGUGGAGAACACCAGCACCGCUGGGCCGUCUCGCUUCGGGCUCAAGCGAGCCGAGGCACUGGGCCACAAGACGCCAGAGCCCACCCCUCGGAGGACGGAGAUCACCAUAGUCAAGCCCCAGGAGUCAGCUCACCGGAGGAUGGAGACCCCUGCCUCCAAGAUCCCUGAGGUGCCCACAGCUCCCACUGCAGACACAGCCCCCAAGAGGGUCGAGAUCCAGGUGCCCAAGCCAGCCGAGGUGCCCGCCUCCCCCAUCCCACCCCAGACCCUGGAGAAUUCAGAACACACCCUGAUGUCUCAGCUGCAGAACAGGCUGGAGCCCAAGCCCCAGCACCCCGUGGUUGAGGCCCCACCCAAGAGCCAAGAGGCCCCUGAGGCAGCUCUUGGCUGCAUUGGCGACAUGGCCGACACCCCCAGAGACGCUGGGCUGAAGCAGGCACCCGCGCCCCGGAACGAGAAGGCCCCCGCGGACUUCGGCUAUGUGGGGAUUGACUCCAUCCUGGAGCAGAUGCGCAGGAAGGCCAUGAAGCAGGGCUUCGAGUUCAACAUCAUGGUGGUCGGGCAGAGUGGCUUGGGGAAGUCCACCUUGAUCAAUACCCUCUUCAAGUCCAAAAUUAGCCGGAAGUCGGUGCAGCCCACCUCGGAGGAACGCAUCCCCAAGACCAUUGAGAUCAAGUCCAUCACGCAUGAUAUUGAAGAGAAGGGCGUCCGCAUGAAGCUGACGGUCAUUGACACACCAGGGUUCGGGGACCACAUCAACAAUGAGAACUGCUGGCAGCCGAUCAUGAAGUUCAUCAACGACCAGUACGAGAAAUACCUGCAGGAGGAGGUCAACAUCAACCGGAAGAAGCGCAUCCCGGACACGCGCGUCCACUGCUGCCUGUACUUUAUCCCCGCCACCGGCCACUCCCUCAGGCCCCUGGACAUCGAGUUUAUGAAGCGCCUCAGCAAAGUAGUGAACAUUGUUCCUGUCAUCGCCAAGGCCGACACGCUGACCCUGGAGGAGAGGGUCUACUUCAAACAGCGGAUCACCGCGGACCUGCUGUCCAACGGCAUCGACGUGUACCCCCAGAAGGAGUUUGACGAGGACUCGGAGGACCGGCUGGUGAAUGAGAAGUUCCGAGAGAUGAUCCCGUUCGCCGUGGUGGGCAGUGACCAUGAGUACCAAGUGAAUGGGAAGAGGAUCCUUGGACGGAAAACCAAAUGGGGCACCAUCGAAGUUGAGAACACCACCCACUGUGAGUUUGCCUACCUUCGGGACCUCCUUAUCAGGACGCACAUGCAGAACAUCAAGGACAUCACCAGCAGCAUCCACUUCGAAGCGUACCGGGUGAAGCGUCUGCACGAAGGCAGCCAUGCCAUGUCCAACGGCGUCGAGGAGAAGGGGCCCGAAGCCCAGGAGAUGUAGACCCACCCUGCCCCCGGGACCCUGCCCCCCAGUCCUUUCCAGCACCACCCCCAGGCCCGCCCACAUGCCCCACUUUAUUUUAUAUAAUUUUCUCCACUUGUCAUCGUUCUCUGCCCCUUUACACGCCGCCAAGUAACAAGAUCACGUGUGCCCUCCUGAGUAUGUGCAUUCUUAGCCACUGACUGUGGGGCUUGGACCGGGU